CUUUUUCGCCCAUUAUGACCACUUGCUGAUGUCCGUGACUGCAAAGGCACCCCCGGGGAAACCUGCUGGAAAAUCUGAAUUCGGGCUCACAAAAUCAUGGAGUUUCAAAGAAGGAAUUCGUGCCUUACGUCGCAGCUUUGUGUCUUCACCAAGUGAAGAUAGUUGUGAUAGCACCAAUUGUGAGAGCCCCCAUUCAGAGUUAGGAUUUCGCAACCGUGUAUUCUCUCAGUGCGAUGUUUGGCGUGCUCUAAGCCCUGCAGAACUACCUGAGGCUGCAGUAUUUCCAUUGAUAUCUUUGCAGAAGUUGUCCAAUGAAGUUUUUUCUGCGGCCACUGGUCCGAAUACCGGAUUUCUGGCUACACAGAAAUGGGCCAAGGUGAAGCCUGUCAAUCCUGGUCGUGUGUGUAAAUUUGUUCUUGAGGUUGCUGUUGGAAAUAGUGUAAACUGGAAAUCAAUAAGCUUCUCUUUCUGCAAAACAGGUGAACCAAAUGCGGAUGCUUUCAUUGUUCAAGCUCGUUGUGACUCUGCGUUUUUGGCUGUCGCUGAUGGUGUCAACUGGGGUCGGGAUGCAAUGCAAGCAGCUCGAUGUGCAAUCCUGGCGGUGUACGAGUACCUAGAAACCCAUUUAUAUGGUUCAGAUUCAACCAAGCUUACGCUGAACUCAACUCAGGAUGCCGCUCAGCUGUUGUUCGAGGCCUUUUCUGCUGCUCAAGAACGCAUUGUUGGUUGUACGACGGGGCUAACUACCUUAUGUGUUGCACUGGUGUUACCGGUUAACCAGGCAGCCUCUCCGUCUAAAUCCAGUACAACCUCUCAGGAACGUUCCUUGACCAGGAAGCCCCAACAGUUCGCCGUGGUGGUCGUCAGCGUUGGAGAUUCACAGGCUUUUUUGUUAAGCAAAUUUCAUGGAAUUCGGGAGAUUACUGGCUGGGUUCCGACAACAGUGAAUGGUGCCAACGUGGACCGGUUGCGUUCCGGUCCGUUUGGUGUGGACUCUUGGCCUGCAUCACCCGAUCUUUCUCCAACCUCACCCCCACCUCGAGACUUCCGAGAUGCUGGCGGAGCUUUGGGGUCAGUAUAUACCAACGGUAAUCCAGAGCUACACAACCUUAUUUGUGCGGGUCGUGUGUGUAAAUUUGUUCUUGAGGUUGCUGUUGGAAAUAGUGUAAACUGGAAAUCAAUAAGCUUCUCUUUCUGCAAAACAGGUGAACCAAAUGCGGAUGCUUUCAUUGUUCAAGCUCGUUGUGACUCUGCGUUUUUGGCUGUCGCUGAUGGUGUCAACUGGGGUCGGGAUGCAAUGCAAGCAGCUCGAUGUGCAAUCCUGGCGGUGUACGAGUACCUAGAAACCCAUUUAUAUGGUUCAGAUUCAACCAAGCUUACGCUGAACUCAACUCAGGAUGCCGCUCAGCUGUUGUUCGAGGCCUUUUCUGCUGCUCAAGAACGCAUUGUUGGUUGUACGACGGGGCUAACUACCUUAUGUGUUGCACUGGUGUUACCUGUUAACCAGGCAGCCUCUCCGUCUAAAUCCAGUACAACCUCUCAGGAACGUUCCUUGACCAGGAAGCCCCAACAGUUCGCCGUGGUGGUCGUCAGCGUUGGAGAUUCACAGGCUUUUUUGUUAAGCAAAUUUCAUGGAAUUCGGGAGAUUACUGGCUGGGUUCCGACAACAGUGAAUGGUGCCAACGUGGACCGGUUGCGUUCCGGUCCGUUUGGUGUGGACUCUUGGCCUGCAUCACCCGAUCUUUCUCCAACCUCACCCCCACCUCGAGACUUCCGAGAUGCUGGCGGAGCUUUGGGGUCAGUAUAUACCAACGGUAAUCCAGAGCUACACAACCUUAUUUGUGCGGUAACCCUGUGUGAUCCGGGUGAUCUAGUUAUUCUUGGCUCCGAUGGUCUCACCGACAACUUCGACCCAAUAAUCACGCAAAUUGCAGUCCCAGAAUCACCCAGGCUGGAUUUUGUAGAUGACGCAGCGGAGUGUGAUGACGACUCUUCGACAGUGGACGAAGUAAGCACCCAAUGUGGGUAUCCGGCAACAUCUUGGUCCAAACCCCUCAGUUUGUCCCCGCCUCCUCAAAUUUCUAUCUGGCCUCGACCUCCACCACCUCCACCAACAGCAUCUUGCCCUUGUUCGCUUCCCAACCUGCUGGAUCCAUGUGGUGUUCAAAAAACACUUGGCCCCUUUGAACAACAACCGAAUGAUGCUAUCAGCGCACGGAAUUUAAAUUUUACCAACCAGCUAGAAUUAAGUUGUACAGAGCGGCGACGCUAUGCCGGAAAGGAAUUGGAGCGUAUAUGGCACGAAACAGAUGCGUUCACUUCUGGUCCGUCUGGUGUUGGGGGUACGACUAGUGCACGUGACUUGUGCGAGGCAUUGAUAGCUCAUGCACUCCGGCUAACUUCACGCAAACGUGAGUUACUCCAAGAUCCUAACCUAGCACGACUACGCAUGAAUCCAUCUCGUUUGAAGCAGCUGAGCAUCAGUACGCCAGAAGAUGAAUUGGGUGUUGGACCAGUGAAAGCUCAGCGAAAAUGGUUAGCUGACACGCUGAAGAGUUUACCUGGGAAACUGGAUCACGCCACCGUGGUAGCUUAUGAGGUAGGGAUCUAUCGAGGCAAUGAGAAUGAAGUGUACGAGGAGAUGUCGUUAGAACCCCGUUCCCCUGCUACCAACCUCUCACCUACUCACUCACAUUCCGAGGUGUG